UCCAAGAUGUCAAAAUUUUGCCGCUCUUGAAUUUUGCGCCUGGUUGAGACGUGGACUUCGCUCUACCGCGUUCAUUCGUCUUCGCCUUUUCUUUUCCGUCCUCGUUAUCACCCGGAAUAUCACUGUCUGAGACAGGGAACCUUCGAUCACGAAUCACGAAACAAUGGCUACUUCGCCAUCGAUCAAAGUAUGGGAAGCUCUGUUUGCUGCGCUUGCUUGUUUCAUGUUGGCAAUCCUUUUGUACACGACCAUCACUGAUGGAUCGCCUUUCCGCCUCGAGCUCCUCACACCGUGGCUAUCUGCAACUCUAGUUGACUUCUUUGUUAAUGUUGUUGCUAUUGCGGCUUGGGUUGUCUGCAAGGAAUCAAGUUGGUUAAGUACAUGUUUUUGGGUAAUUCUCUUAGUAUGUUUCGGCAGCAUUAGCACAUGUGCCUAUAUAUUGAAGCUUCUUUUCAACAUAUCAGGUCAAGAUUCUUCACAAUAUCCUCUACAUCUUCUGCUAUUGAGGAAAGAUGGUGAAAGGAACUUCAGUUUCUGGUCUGUUGUCCUUGGAAGAGUUGUGUUUAGUGCUCUGGGCAUUAUAAUGUCAACAAUAGUGGUCUAUACCUUAGUUACAGAUGGUUCGCCUUUCCGCAAAGAAUUGUUGACACCGUGGAUGGCUGCAACUUUAAUUGAUUUUUACAUAAAUGUUUUUGCUAUAUCGGUAUUGGUUUUUCACAAGGAAUCAACAUGGAUCGGCGCAAUCUUUUGGAUAUGCCUUUUAAUAGUCCUUGGCAGCAUAGCGACUUGUGCAUACAUUGUGAUCCAGCUUUUCAAGCGCAGUUGUCCAGGUACAGCAUAUCAUGUUUUACAGGACACUCACCUAAAGCAAGACAAAGAUUCAACUCAAUAAUUCACGCUUGUUAUCUGUUUACUGUGGCACAAACACAUCUAUAAAGGUCAGUUUAUCUCAUAUUGUAUACGUCAUGGAAGAGAGACAGUUGUGUGAAAAAUUUUUAUUUAAUAUCAACUUGCAUAUAUUUUGCGCCUUCACAAAAUUUGGAAGUUUGGUUUGUAAUAUAUAAAGAAAACUGUUAAUUUUAUUAAUGACAUCUUGAUGUUUUUUA